AUGGCGCAUUGGCCCAAGACUUUCCAACUUAACUUGCUACUACUGAGUCUACUUGUAGUGCACUUCUCUCAAGCUAGCAGGCUUACUUUGUUUAAUACACUAACGUUGGGUUCUACUGUUAAUGAGCCACAAGGCAAUAGCACAACAUGGGCAGUUCUUGUGGCUGGAUCAAGUGGAUACCAAAAUUAUCGCCAUCAGGCAAAUGUUUGUCAUGCGUAUCAAAUACUUAAACGUGGUGGGUUGAACGAUGAAAACAUAAUUGUAUUUAUGUACGAUGAUAUUGCCAAUGACCCAAGCAAUCCAAGGCCAGGUACAUUAAUUAACAGUCCCAACGGCUCAGAUGUCUACGCUGGUGUACCCAAGGAUUAUACGGGUGAAAAUGUGACUGCGGCGAAUUUCUACGCUGUGCUUCUUGGCAACACAACAGGCGUGACAGGAGGAAGCGGGAAAGUGGUAGCAAGCAAACCAAACGAUAGAAUCUUUGUUUAUUACACCGACCAUGGUGGUCCUGGAACCCUUGGGAUGCCCAACAUGCCUUACAUUUUCGCUAAUGAUUUCAUUCAAGUUCUGAAAACAAAGCAUGCGAGUGGCUCAUAUGAUGAGAUGGUGAUAUACUUAGAAGCGUGUGAUAGUGGAAGUAUUAUGCAAGGUCUGUUGCCAGAUGAUCUGAACAUAUAUGUAAUAACUUCAACGAAUCCAAGUGAGUUGGGUUGGGCUACAUAUUGUCCAGAUAUGAACCCACCUCCUCCUCCAGAGUACGACGUUUGCUUAGGUGACUUAUUCAGUGUUUCAUGGAUGGAAGACAGUGACUCACAAGAUUUGAAUACUGAAACUUUGGAACAACAAUACUUAAAGGUGAAAACGAGGACUUUAAAUAGUAAUUAUUCGGAUAAGGGAUCUCAUGUGAUGCAAUUUGGUACUCUAAGUAUAACCAAUGAGACUGUUUCCGUUUAUCAAGGUUCCACUCCUUCGAACUUCUCUGCCAAUCCAAUUCAAUCUCUGGGCUCCAUGGAUGUUGUUAACCAAAGAGACGCAGAUCUUUAUUCAAUGUGGCAAAGGUAUAAAAGAUCAACAGAUAAUUCAGAACAGAAGGAACUACUGAAGAAAAUCAAGGAAAUAAGAACACAUAGGGAGCAUUUAGAUAGUAGUGUCGAUAUGAUCCAAGGCCAUUUAUUAGGCAACGGAGAAGAGUCAGUGAGAGAUGAAGGAUCGGUUCUGGUAGAUGAUUGGGAAUGCCUCAAGUCUAUGGUUCGAAUAUUUGAGACACAUUGUGGAUCAUUAACUCAAUAUGGCAUGAAGCAUACACGAACUUUCGCUAACCUCUGCAACAGUGGAGUUACUAGGGAUGCCAUGGACGCUGAUUCAGAGGCGACAUGUAGCUCGUAUAACAUGGGGAAAUGGAAUCCUGCAACUCUCGGUUAUAGCGCCUGA